AUGGAUAUACCAUGCCUUUGUACAGGGAUACCACUAUACGAGGAUUACUAUGUGAACGAUUCAAAACUUGCCUUAAAUACAUCAAUUGACGUGGCACAUAUACACAAAAAAGAUGUCAUGGAUUUAAGUAUAUUUUAUUCGAAGCUAUCCCCAGUGGAGGAUACCCUUGUUGCCCUUUAUCUUGGAGUUGUAGGUGCAACCUCCAUUUUCCUGAAUGCGAUGGUGUUAUUUGUUUGCUUCAAGAAACGGCGAACUUUGAAGUCAAUUGACUAUUACAUUGUGAACCUCGCUAUCACUGAUCUGUUUCUCCCCCUGUUUGGUUUCCCACUGGUAGUGACGUCAUCUUUACAGCACGAGUGGCAGUUUGGAGUAUAUGGUUGUUACGUAUACGGGUUUCUUGGUUUCUUCUGUGGAACAGUCAGCAUAUCAACGUUAGCUAUGAUGAGUUUCGUACGCUAUAUGAGCGUUUGUGAAAUGCAAAAAAGUGUACAUUUAACAAAGCAUACAUCAGUACUGGUGUUCUUCACCUACGUUUAUGCGUGCAUCUGGUCCAUUCCACCGUUUCUAGGAUGGGGUAAUUAUGGAGUUGAACCUCAUGGCACAUCAUGUACAUUAAACUGGUCCGGAAGUCGCUCUUUUGUGACUGUCAUGCUUAUUAUGUGUAUAAUACUACCCGUCGUUAUUAUGACGUUUUGCUAUGGACGUGUCUUACUAUUUUUAAAAAGAAGUACAGACAAUCUUAAUAAAUGGACUCCUCAUCGACCUAAUAGAAAGCAUGCAAAUAGAAAACUGGAAAGAAGUUUGAUAAAGUUGACGUUUACAAUGUGUGUGGCGUUCGUGGGAACGUGGACUCCAUACGCGGUGUUUAGCCUGUGGACUGCAUACGGAAACAAAGAGGAGAUACCUAUCAGACUCACACUAUCCUCUAUACUCAUCGCAAAGCUAUCAACCAUCAUCAAUCCUACCAUAUAUUUUGUGCUUAAUCGAAAAUUCAGACCUUUUAUUAAACGUUAUUUAUCUAUGCCUUUUCAUGGUAUUCUGAAUUUGAUAGGAGACAAAAGCAGUACUUCGGGAUAG